AUGGAGCUGUUCAGGGGUAUCAUACGUUGUGACCUGCAGGGGGACCCCCCAGGGGGGCCCCCCAUGGGGGCCCCCCUGGGGGCCCCCCUGGGGGGCCCCCAAGAAGAGAUAGAUGUUAGUGAUUUGGGUUUACUGAAUUUUAAUGAUAUAUUUUCUUCGUUGGUGACUUUGUUUCUGAUGACUGUGAAUGGAUGGGAUGAUUCGCUGAAGGCUUUGGUGAAACAUACAUCUGUAUUAAAGUGCAGUUUUUAUUUUGUUUCUUUUUAUCUGCUAACCGAUACCAUUCUCCUAAACCUCCUCGUUGCUCUUGUUUUAGAGGCCUAUGAACAAGUCUCAACAGCGCCGUCUAAGGCAGAAGCAAGCGAGCAGCAGCAGCAGCAGCAACUGCAGCAGCAGCAGCAGCAACUGCAGCAGCACCAGCAGCAGCAGCAGCAGCAGCAGCAGCAGCAGCAGCAGCAGCAGCUUGCGUUGCCGGUGGAGAAGGCCGCCCUCGAUGAGCCGCUUCAUAGCCAAAGACCAUCCAGCUCAUUCUUUAGUUGCUAG